AUGAUUUCUGAAUCAGAUCAAGAAAUAAUAGAUCUUGUUGAUCGUGGACAAUUGACUUAUGCAUUGUCAUUACUAAAUAGAAAACUAACAAAGUUUCCACAAAAGUCAUUAUAUCAUGUUUUGAAAAAUAAAAUUUUGUUCAAAUCAGGUAAAGAAGAAGAAUCAAUAAAACAGAAUGUAGCUAUUUUGAAUCAAUAUCCUAGUGAUCCUAUGACAAUUGACAUACUAAGUAAUUUCUUUCAAGACUUGGAUAUGGAGAAUGAAAGUAAUUUAGCUUAUGAGAAUAUAAUUAAAAGGUUCCCUGCAAAUAAUGAAAAAUUGGCAAAAAUAUGGUUUGAAAAUUCAAUUGAGAAAUAUGACUACAAAUUGCUUAAUAAGAUAUUUAUGUACUUGAAUAAAGAGUCAAAAAGGGAUUACAAAAUGUGGUUUAUCUUGAGUUAUUAUUUAUUGAUUGUGUAUGGUGAUGUAGAUGAAAAAUCAAAGAAUUUAUAUUUAACAUUAGGUUUGAAGUUGAUAAGUAAUUUGGAAGAUUUAAAUAAUCAAGAGAUAUGGGUGUAUGUACAGUUCUUGAGAUUGAAAGAAGAUUAUGAAAUGAUAGAGGGAAUUUUAAGUGAUAGAGAAUUAGAUUUGGAAUUACAAAUUAUAUUUCUUGAGACAUUGAAAUUGAAUAGAUCAUGGAAGAAAUUGAAUGAAUAUUGUGAUAAAUUGCUUUUCAAAGAGAAUUUUGAUGAUUUUGAUACUUGGAAACUAUAUCUUUUAUCAAGUAAAGAAUUAGGUGUAGCAUAUGGUAAACUUAAACCGGAAUUACCAAGCACCAGAAAUGGAUUACUUUGUGCCAUUGAGUUAGACAAAUUGUUUGAUAAGUCAACUGAUUCAAGUAUAGAAACAUAUUAUGAUAAAUUCAAUAACAAAUUAUGUUGUUAUCCAGAUUUGAAAAGCUAUGAAUUACCUUCAACAAUCAUUGACAAGAUUAAAAAAGCAAAUAUAGAUUCAAAUUUAAUCACUUUGGUCAACAAUCAAAAGUUUCACAAACUGUUGGACAACUGGGAUAUUUACAGCAAAUUUAAACAUUUACCAGUUGCAGAAUUUGACUCAAAUCCAUUAAAUGAUUUAACAAUAGAAUCAAUAAAUGAUUUGGACAGUGUCAGAAAAGUUAUUAUGCUAUCACAUUUACUUGCAAGUGAUCCAUUCAACUAUAAGCUAAAAUUAUAUCUUCUUCAAAUACAUUCACAAUUAAAUUCAAAUGAUUCAAUAAUACCAAUUUAUAAAUCCCUAAAGAUUAAAAUGGUCCAACAUGAAAACUUGAGUCAUACUUUAACUUUUUCAACAUUCUCCAAAGAUUCAUUAUCUUAUUUCAUUGACAUCUUUAGAUUUUAUCUCACAUCAAGACAAGAAAUGAUAAAUAGUAUAAUUGAUGCAUUCAAUAAAGGAGUCUAUAAUAAAUUACCAAGUUUUAUUAAGUUCGGUUCCAAUUUGAAAAACUCAAUUAGUUUAAAUUUUACAGUUUAUAAGAUUUUACAAACUACUUUUAUACUAAAUGAUACUGGAUAUACAAAUUAUUUUUCAAAUUAUUUAUUAAAGAAUAAAAAAUUGAUUAUUGGUGAAUGGACGGAUAAUAGGGAUUUCAAAACUGCAAAUUAUGCGAGGAUAGAUACCCAUGACACAGUAAUUAAAUUGAAAUUAUUGAUAUAUACAAUUAUAUUUGAGACUAAAGAAAAUGAAGUCAACAAAUUAUUUAAAUUUUAUAAUAAGAUGAUUUCCCAUAGUGCGAGCUUUACUAAAUUUGAAAACUUGAUAUUUAAAUUAUAUUACAACAUACUUAAAAUAGUCAAGGUUAAAUCAAAUCAAAAUGAAAUGGACUCAUUAUUAAAUUAUAUUACUAAAAAUUUGAAAAUUGAUAAAUUAAAACAACAAGGUUUGAUUCCCGAAAAUGUAUUAUCAAGUGACAUGAGUUACAAUUUGUCUAAUUUGAUUGAGUUGAUUAGAAUAAUUGAAUUUGUGAAUAAAAAGAUAACAAGUGUUUUGAGAAAAUUGAAUUUGGACCAAUUGAAAUCAGAUAUAAAGCUGCUAGAGUUGACAAAAUUACAAUUUGAUGCAAUUGAUAAGAUAAAUUUUGAAUUUCCAAUUGAGUUUGACUUUGAACCUAUCUUAACAGACUUUAAAUCAUCUAUACACCAAUCUAUAUCAAACUUAAUAAAUAAUAUAUAA